AUGGCACUAUGCACUUGCACCCGGACCCUUUCCCCCUGUAUGGUACCAUCCAUUCACUGUUCACGUGCCACCCACAUCGGUACCAAUCAACCGUGUCGUUAUAAACCUACAGCCCCACCCUUGCUUCCACCUCCCCUCAAAAGCGCUGCUACCCACGCCAACCGAGCGAAUGAUGCAGCGCUACUGCCUGAAUAA